AUGCCAGUAUGUCGCCUGGCAUCAGCUGUGUCCCCUCUCCCCUGCCUUGCUCUCGGGCUGGUACAGGAAGCUGCCUGGCACGCCAGCAGCUCGGGAGCAAACAGCGGCGUCAGCAAGCAGGAAGCGCUGCCCCAGCCCGGGGCGCCCGGGCCCGAGGGGGUGCGCGGCGGCCCCCCCGCGCUCCGGGCCCCGCUGCGGGAUGCAGCACCGGGAUGCGCCGCCGCGGUUCCCCCCUCCCAUCCCGCCGGGCGCUCGGCGCCGGGGGGGGGGCACGGCGGCGGCGCGCGCGCUGCCUUCAGCCCCCCCCUUCCUCCUCCUCCUCCUCUUCCUCCUCCUCCUGCGGGAGCGCGCUCGCCCGGCCGGGAGCGAGCAGCCGGCGGGAGGAUGCUGCAAACGGCGGCGGAGCCGGGCGGCUGGGCAGGCAUGAAGAGACCCCUGAGCCCGUCCCACAACCCCGAGAACGGGGUGCGGCUGGUGGAGGCGGCCAGCUGCCUGCCGAGCCAGCCCGAGCAGCGCAUGAAGCGGGAGAAGAAGCACCAGUCGUUCACGCUCUGUGAGGUCUGCAACAUCCAGCUCAACUCGGCCGCGCAGGCGCAGAUCCACUACAACGGCAAGUCCCACCAGAAGCGCCUCAAGCAGCUCAACAAGGGGAAGAUGCCGGCAGCCCAAGGUCCCUCCGGACACAGCAGCCCCCUCUUAGCAUCGUUGCCUAUCCCUGGCCGUCCCCUUCAUCCCCCCUUGGACAUCAAGCACUUUCUGACCUUCAGGCUCAACGGAACGUCACCGCUCAACCUCUUCCCCAACUUCAACACGAUGGACCCGGUGCAGAAGGCGGUGAUCAGCCACACCUUCGGCGUGCCCGCACCGCUCAAGAAGAAGCAGUUCAUCUCCUGCAACAUCUGCCACCUGCGCUUUAACUCUGCGAACCAGGCAGAAGCCCACUACAAGGGGCACAAGCACGCGCGGAGGCUGAAAGCCAUCGAGGCCAUGAAGAACAAGCAGAAGGUGGCAGGGGCUGCGGCAGUGGCUGCCAGCCGGGACGGCACAGCCGACUUCGCGCCCAGCCCCGAGGGCAGCGGGGAGCCCGGCAGCACAGCUCAAGCCAACGGCCUGCAGGAGCCGGAGGGUGAGUGCAGCAGCCUGGGGCUGAUGCCCGGUGCCGAGGAGUCGCCCGUGGAGCUGUCGGGCAGCGUCGCCCCGCUGGGCUCCCCGCCGGCCUCGGAGCUGUCGGAGGGCACCUCAGACGCCGCCAGCGUGGCCUCCUCGGCCGCGCAGGCAGCCGAGGCGCAGGCAGCAGAGGCGCAGGCAGCCGAGUCGGGCAGCAGCGUCAGCUCGGCCCCUGAGAGCGAGAAGGAGGGGAAGAAGAGCAAACAGCACCUGUACUGUCCCACCUGCAAAGUGACCGUCAACUCCCUGUCCCAGCUGGAGGCUCACAACACCGGUGCCAAGCACAAGUCGAUGCUGGAAGGUCACAGCACCCAGAUGCGGCGAGGCCGAGGCAAGCUCCUCUCCCGGGCAGGACACAAGUCCAAGCGGAUUGGCAACAAGGGCAGCAUCAACAUCCAGAACAAGGCGUUUCACUGCCAGGUGUGCGAGAUCUACGUGAACUCGGAGACCCAGCUCAAACAGCACAUGAGCAGCCGGAGGCACAAAGACAGGCUGGCGGGGAAGCCGCCCAAGCCCAAGUACAGCCCCUACAACAAGCUGCAGAAGAAUGCUGCCCUCGCAGUGAGUAUUCUCAAGUCCAAGCUGGCUUUGCAGAAGCAUCUCACCAAAACCCUGGCGACCCGCUUCCUGCCGAGCCCGCUCACUGCGGCUGCCGUCUGCGCCAUGCCUGGCCCCCUCGCCCUGAGACCAGCCGCUGCCACCACCCUCUUCCAAGCCCCGAUCCUCGGACCAGCCCUUUUCCGAACGCCACCAGCCCACGUCCGCACCACGCCGGGCCCCAUCGUCUUCGCGCCCUACUAG